AUGAGAGCACUAACCGAUCCAUGGUUCUCGGAUUUUAUGUUAUGUGUCGGUGAUGGAGUUGAAGAAACGGUGCAUGAAAACUUUAUCCGUAUCCCUGAUGAUAUGGUAAUUCCCUUAACCGAAAAAGAAAAGUCAUUGAAUGCUUUGAUUGAUGCAAUCUUUCCAUCACUGGAAAUUAAUAGAUCUAAAUCAGAUUAUAUUAUUUCCCAUGCAAUAUUAUCCACAAGAAAUGAUAGCGUUGAUGAGAUUAAUGAUCGUUUGAUUGGCCGAUUCAUUGGAGAAGAGAGAAUUUACUACAGUUUUGAUGAAGCUAUAGACGAUAUAAAUAACUUCUAUCCUGUGGAAUUCUUGAACACGCUCAGUGUUAGUGGUUUACCCCCUCAUUACUUACGAUUGAAAGUUGGAUGUCCGAUAAUACUGUUACGAAAUCUUGACCCAUCAAAUGGAUUGUGUAACGGCACCCGAUUGAUUUGUAAAAGUUUUCAGCACAAUGUGAUUGAUGUCGAAAUAGUUGUUGGCCAACAUGCUGGAAAGAGGGUAUUUUUGCCAAGGAUACCUCUAUGUCCAUUUGAUGAGGACAUGUUCCCGUUCAAGCUGAAGAGAAAACAAUUUCCAAUUCGAUUAUGUUUUGCGAUGACAAUCAAUAAAGCUCAGGGACAAACAAUUCCAAAUGUAGGAAUUUAUCUUCCAGAAUCGGUUUUCUCACAUGGCCAAUACAAAAGUAUUAGUGAUCCCUGA